CUGCCCCGCAUAAGGAAACUGUGAAGUUGAAUUUACACCAUUUGCCACUGGAGGAAGAUCUUGCUCGCCACCGGAAACCAACAACGACCAUGAGGAAGUGGACGGUUCCUGCUGUUCUGUUUCUCCUGUGCCUUCUAUUCCUUCUUCCUGAUCAAGGUAGAAAAAUACAUGCAAAUGCUGAAGUUGAUUCUGAUGCACCUGUGGAUCCACCAAAGGUAGAAGAGAAGAUCGGAGCUGUUCCUAACGGUUUAUCAACUGAUUCAGAUGUUGUCAAGAGAGAAGCGGAGUCCAUGUCGAGACGGACGCCUCGUGCUACUGCAGAGAAGUUCGAGUUUCAAGCUGAGGUGUCUCGGCUUAUGGAUAUCAUUAUCAACUCCCUCUACAGUAACAAGGACAUUUUCUUGAGGGAGUUGAUCUCCAAUGCUUCUGACGCUUUGGACAAGAUUAGGUUCCUAUCACUCACUGACAAGGAAAUACUGGGUGAAGGCGACACCGCUAAACUUGAGAUCCAGAUUAAAUUAGACAAAGAAAAGAAAAUCCUUUCGAUCCGUGAUAGAGGUAUAGGUAUGACAAAAGAGGAUUUGGUUAAAAACUUGGGAACCAUUGCCAAGUCAGGAACUUCAGCUUUUGUUGAGAAAAUGCAAACAAGUGGGGAUCUUAAUCUCAUUGGUCAAUUUGGUGUUGGUUUUUACUCCGUGUACCUUGUAGCUGACUAUGUUGAAGUCAUUAGCAAGCACAAUGAUGACAAACAGUAUGUAUGGGAGUCAAAUGCUGAUGGUGCCUUUGCUAUUUCUGAAGAUGUCUGGAACGAACCGCUUGGUCGUGGAACAGAAAUCAGAUUACACUUCCGAGAUGAAGCUCAGGAAUACUUGAAUGAGUCCAAAUUGAAGGAGUUGGUGAAGAAAUAUUCUGAGUUUAUUAAUUUCCCAAUUUAUUUGUGGGCAAGCAAAGAAGUGGAUGUUGAAGUUCCAGCUGAUGAGGAUGAUUCCAGUGAUGAAGAUGAAAAGCCUGAAAGCAGCUCCUCUGAGGAAGAAGAGGAAGAUGCUGAGAAAGAGGAGGAUGAGAAAAAACCCAAGACAAAGAAGGUUAAGGAAACAACUUAUGAAUGGGAGCUUUUAAAUGAUGUGAAGGCUAUAUGGUUGCGUAACCCUAAGGAGGUGACAGAUGAGGAGUACACGAAGUUCUAUCAUUCUCUUGCCAAGGACUUCAGUGAAGAGAAGCCCCUAGCAUGGAGCCAUUUCACUGCUGAAGGUGAUGUUGAAUUCAAGGCUGUAAUCUUUGUGCCUCCAAAGGCUCCUCAAGAUUUGUACGAGAGCUACUACAACACCAACAAAUCCAACUUGAAAUUAUACGUCAGACGGGUUUUCAUCUCUGAUGAAUUUGAUGAGCUUUUGCCUAAGUAUCUUAGCUUUUUGAAGGGUCUUGUUGAUUCUGAUACCUUACCACUUAAUGUAUCAAGAGAAAUGCUUCAGCAACAUAGCAGCUUGAGAACUAUAAAGAAGAAACUGAUUAGAAAGGCCCUUGAUAUGAUUCGCAAGAUUGCUGAAGAGGAUCCUGAUGAAGCUAAUGACAAAGAAAAGAAAGAUGUUGAUGAAUCAAAUGAAAGUGAUGAGAAGAAGGGUCAAUAUACAAAGUUCUGGAAUGAAUUUGGCAAGUCAAUUAAGCUGGGAAUUAUCGAGGAUGCCGCUAACCGCAACCGUUUGGCAAAACUUCUUCGAUUUGAGACUACCAAAUCGGACGGUAAACUAACUUCACUGGAUCAGUAUAUCUCAAGGAUGAAACCAGGACAGAAAGACAUCUUCUAUAUUACUGGUACAAGCAAAGAACAGCUUGAAAAGUCACCUUUUCUUGAGCGGCUUACGAAGAAAAACUAUGAGGUUAUUUUCUUUACAGAUCCUGUUGAUGAGUACCUGAUGCAGUAUCUUAUGGAUUAUGAGGAUAAGAAAUUCCAAAAUGUGUCCAAGGAAGGCCUUAAAAUUGGGAAGGAUUCUAAGGACAAGGAACUGAAGGAGUCUUUCAAGGAUUUAACUAAAUGGUGGAAGGGUACCCUUGCUAGCGAAAAUGUUGAUGAUGUGAAGAUAAGCAAUCGAUUGGCAAAUACACCUUGUGUAGUUGUGACAUCAAAGUUUGGUUGGAGUGCAAAUAUGGAGAGAAUCAUGCAGUCACAGACCCUAUCAGAUUCUAGCAAGCAGGCAUACAUGCGGGGCAAGAGAGUGCUGGAGAUCAAUCCAAGGCACCCAAUCAUUAAGGAGCUCCGUGAGAGAGUUGUGAAAGACCCUGAAGGUGAGAGUGUGAAGCAAACAGCACACCUGAUGUACCAGACAGCUCUCAUGGAGAGUGGAUUUAUGCUCAAUGACCCCAAGGACUUUGCCUCACGUAUUUAUGACUCUGUGAAAAGCAGCUUGCAUAUCAGUCCGGAUGCAGCUAUUGAAGAGGAGGAAGAUGCUGAAGAAGCUGAGGUAGAAUCCAGUACAAAGGAAGGAUCAGGUGAAGAUGCUGAAGAAGCGGAGCCUUCUUCUGUCAAGGAUGAAUUGUAAGAUGUCUUUAAAGAAAAGGAAUGCUCUUGAAGAGGAGAAUUCAGUUUUAGCUGUCCUCCCAUUUGAGACAGUUCUAGGAAAACUCUAGAGAUGGAUCUUGUGUCUUAGAAGUGCAUCGAGUAAUUAGAGCACGGAGCACCCAAGUCUAUAGGCUUUUGUAAACAUAACCACCAGGAAUUUUGUUUAUCUUUCGUUUUACUUUUUGAGAAGCUUCAAGGCCCAAAUCUGUUGGUCUUUGUGUCCUUGGAUGCAAUAGGAAGUUGUGCCUGGUCUUGCUCUCUCACCAAUCAAUAAUCCAACUGGGUAGGUCUUGUGCAUUUACCAAA